GUAUAUGAUGAAAUCACGUUACUCAAAAUGAUUAAAAUUUCACGUCUCACAUUUUCUACAGAUUACUAGAUUUAAAAUUCCAUCUUUUUAGAUAACCUAUCUUAUAAGCAAUAUACUUUUCCCGUUAGUCGAAUACUAUUAUUAAAAACAAAUUUAUGAAAAAAGCAAAUGAUUCAUAAGCACUGUUUAUAAAUGUAAUAAUUCAAUACAACUUAUGAUGCUGUUUGAUUUUACAUUUGUUUAUUAGUACGGUACAUUUGAAGGACCUUAAAUAAUCAUAAAAUUCUAUCGAAAUUUAUAUACGAGGUUAUCCAUGAUACGUUCGUUAUCAAAAUGAUUACACUCACACUUAAUGUACAUUUAUAAACGACAGUUGUGUAACUAAAGCACGUAUUAAUUGUAUAUUGAACAGUCAAUUUCGACAAACUAGCACGCAAGAAAUAAAGAUAAUUAUUUUUCACUGCGAAGCAACAAUCGGGAGAAAAAUUGAACGCGGUGCAUCAAAAUUACGGGCGCAGUCUUCGAGCGGUGGCGUGUAAGAACGGAAAGCUAGCCGAAUUUUAGUUAUUAAGGUAAUUUAAGUACGUCUCAACGAUGGAUAUAUUAAAAAACGUAUCAUCGGCUUUUUGGUCGACUGAUGUUUGGUUACCGCCUAAUAUAACAUGGGAUGAUAUUAAACCAAAUUCAGAAAACAAAUAUGCUAACUAUCAACAUUUAAUUUAUCCGUUACUUAUGGCAUUAGUUCUUUUAAUAAUUAGAUUUGCCUUAGAAAGGUAUUGCUUUGCACCUUUUGGAAAAUCUCUUGGUAUAAAAAAUACAAGAUCAAAAAAAGCAGUACCAAAUGAGAUAUUAGAAAAAGCCUAUGUUAAUAGAAAAUUUAAACAUAAACAGAUCCUGGCACUGGCUAAACAAUUAGAUUGGUCUGAACGACAAGUAGAAAGGUGGUUGCGAUUAAGACGUACUCAGGAUAAGCCAUCAACUCUUACAAAAUUUUGUGAGAACAGUUGGAGAUGUUUAUAUUAUACAUAUUCCUUUAUUUAUGGCCUCAUUAUUUUAUGGGAUAAGCCAUGGUUGUGGGACAUUAAUUAUUGUUAUUAUGAUUAUCCAUACCAUCCAGUUUCCAAUGAUGUGUGGUGGUAUUACAUGAUAUCAAUGGCAUUUUACUGGUCUCUAAGUUUCUCUCAAUUCUUUGAUGUGAAAAGAAAAGAUUUUUGGCAAAUGUUUAUUCACCAUAAAGCUACCAUUAUGUUAAUGUGUUUCUCAUGGGUUGGAAAUUUGACUAGAAUUGGUUCAUUGGUGUUAUUAGUGCAUGAUAGUGCAGAUAUUUUCCUAGAAGCUGCUAAAAUGGCUAAAUAUGCUAAUUACCAGAAAUUAUGCGAUUGCAUAUUCGUUAUAUUCACAGUGUUAUGGAUUAUCACGCGUAUUGGUGUUUAUCCACUUUGGAUAAUUCAUAGCACAUCGAUAAAAGCACCUAAGAUAGUACCAAUGUUCCCAGCAUAUUAUAUUUUCAACUUUUUGUUGAUCUUACUACUGUGUCUUCAUAUAAUAUGGACGUAUUUAAUACUUAAAAUCGCUUACAACGCAUUUUAUGCUGGUCAAAUGGAAGGUGAUAUUCGUAGCAGUAGCAGUGAAGAUGUAUCAGAUAAUUCUAUCGAUAAUACAGCAUUAAAUAAUUCUACAAAUUAUAUUACAAAGCAAAAUUCAAGGCAAAAAGUUCAUUAACAAAUAACUUUCUAGAAAAAGUUAUCGUAUCAGUAAUAAGGCAAGAAUUCAAAUAUUAGCCAGGCGCUAAUUUAUUUCAGUAAAUUUAACAGUCCUUACGUUCAUCGUAUGGUAAUUACAAACUUACAUUUUGAUAAAGUUGUAAAGAGGUCAUCUUAGAAUUCUGUAUUUUGUUCUAAUCUUUUGUAUCUAUUUUUUAAAGCAAUUUGGUGCUUUUUAUAUAAUAUGAAAGAAUCAUUUAAUGUUCUUCAUACAUCACAUGUUAAUGCAUUAUUCGUAGAAACGUUACACACGAAAGCUCGUAUAUUGAGAAUGUGAAUUAUUCGUUUUAUUAACGAUAUCGUUUAUUUAUAUGUAUUUUAUUUAACAACUUAGGAAAUCAUAUUUCUUUUUUUAAAUUAAAUUCUAAUUAUUUAGCCAAACAAAUAAUGGACCAAAGUUUAGAAAGCAUUCAAUAUCUCUAAUUUCUUAACCUACCAAAAGUUUAGUGAUUGAUUAUAUUAAUAAUAUUUAUUUGUUCUCGUACACUUUAAAAUGUCAAAUGAUAUCUUAAAACUUGUGAAUUAAGGAAAUUAAUAAUAAUAUUUCUAAUAAGUUCAA